AUGCAUACUUUAAAUUUCACUGAGGCCUGAACAUGCACGAUGUUGUGUGGAGGUUGAUAUCUCCAACCUUCCGCCCCCUAAGAUUCUCAUUAACCAUGAUGGUGAAGAGCUCAUCUUUCCUUUUAUAUUAUGAACGUGUCCCAUCCUUCUGUAAUCAUUGUAAAAAGGUUGGCCAUAAUCAUGAUUCAUGCCCACGCUGGAAACCCUUGGAGGGUUUGGAUGGCCAGAAUAUGGAUAGGGAGAAGCAUGGGUCCAAAACUUGUCUUUUGGAGGAGCGGGAUACUGGAUGGCAGGUUGUUCAACCCAAGAAAGGAAAGGCUAAGAGCAAUACUACAUGGACUUGGAGGGUCAAGGAAUCAGGCAAUAAGGGACCAUGGUUAGAAGGGCCAGGGGAAUGUUCUAAAGCAACUGAGAGUAUGAAGGAUAUGGUUCCUGUCACUGAACCUCAAUCCAGCUGCGGUCCUGAGCCAACCCACACAUCUGAGAAAGAUUUUCCAGUUGAUGACAGCAUGGCUAUUGUCCCCUUUGAACAAAACCCUAUUGCUGUUGAAUUUCCUGCAGAGGUUUUUGAGGUUGAGGAUGUUGUUGAAGUUUUGACCCUUUCCAAAAAAGGCCAGAGAUUGAAGAAGUAUGUUCCUCCAUCUCCUGAGAAUCCUGGACUUGCUAGCAUAUCUGAGCAUAAAGGCCCUAUUGGUCCAGACAUGGGAAGCAUUGAGGAUUUCACCCAAACCAUUAGUGAUUGGCAAGCUAUAAAUCUAAACAAAAGUCAAGCCAUUGUGCAUGACAAGAUGAGGCUUGAGCAGAAAAGGGCAAUUACCAGAAUUCUAGGCAUUAAGUGUCAUACAAAGGAGUUUACUUAUUUGGGCUCUACUAUUGUCAGAGGUAAGCUCAGGAAGAUACAUUGCAAGGAGUUGGUGGAGAAGUUUGAAAAGAGGAUAACAUCAUGGUACAGUAGAAAGCUAAACCAGAUGGGGAGGCUUAUACUUAUCAAACAUGUGCUUUCUUCUAUACCUUUACAUUUAGUGGCUGCGCAAACUCUCCCAAAAUCUAUCAUCAAAUGUCUCAAUGGCUUGAUGGCUAAUUUCUUUUGGGGAGCUAAGGAUGAUGGCCACAAAUACCAUUGGAGGCGAUGGACUAGGCUCUGUUUGCCUUUUGAAGAAGGGGGCCUGGGUUUGAGGGAUUUAAAUCUUUGUCAAACAGCUGCCUCUAUUGAUUUAUGGUGGAAGGUCCAUAAGGGGGUUUCAAUCUGGAGUUCAGUAUAUGCGGGCCAAAGAGGUGGUGGAGCUCUGGAGGUUAUAUGCAGUGGCGUCGGAAGCACCUGUCAUUGGCAGCUCUUGGACAGUUACUCAAUCUUUGCUAGGUUGGUGGUUGUCCUCUAACCGAUCAAUGUUUAAGGGUAAUAUCAGAUUUAUUUUGCCGGGAAUCAUCAUUUGGUCAAUUUGGAAGAGAUACAACUCAAUCCUUUAUUCUCAAGGCAUUUGGGAACGGGACGAGGUUAUGAUAUCUAUAAACAAGCUUUUGCAAACAUGGUGUUGGGCGAACAAAAUUGAUACUACAUU